CAUGUUGUAUGUUGUCCAAAACGUGUCCUAGCACAUGUGCUGUGUGAAUGGAAAUGUGGCUGCUCGCUAUCUUCCCAGUCAAAACGUCGGUCAGCCGCUCAGGAAUCUGUUAGUAGCGUUGCCCUAAACAUGGCGUCUCUGGGGCGGUGCACCGUUCGUUCCUCGCUCCCAGCGUUCGAGCGGCGGCAGUCUUCGAGCCCACGCAUCGGACGCUCAUUCACCGCACGUCGUUACUGUGGCGGAUGAACUUUUAUUACGUCUCAUUUACGUUCUGAUUUAAGCUGAUGGGCCACUUUUUUGCAGAGUCCAUGGAGGAGCAAGUGACGGCACUUUCCCCGCUGCACAGUAACAAAGUUGCUGCGGUCACGGCUGAGACAAGGGUAGCCGCCAAACGGAAGCCGGGUGGCAGCGCAUCACAGAGCAUAAAGUGGUACAAGCAAAAGUUCCGAGACUCUUGGCUGGAGGACGAUCGCUUCAAGAACUGGCUUGUUAGCGUGCCGAACGAUCCAUAUCGUGCCAGGUGCAAGCUGUGCAACGCUGAUCUCAGAGCGGGCAAGAGCGAGCUGGAAAAGCACGCGCGCACCAAACACCACCGCGAUACGGUCAGGGCGGUCGACGACGUGAAGGCUUUGUUGGGCUUCGCCAACCAAGCUGAAGCGCAGACGCUGCCGGAGAUGACGGAAAUGCAAUCCGCUGAUCAGUCUAACAAUUCGUUCCAGAUUCAGGAGGAAGAGCUUUCGCGGCCCGCGACCACGUUUGGGCCACGGAAAAGGAGAUCAUCCCCACCACCUGUGGCUGCACCACCAGCUGUGCGGUACCACCUUCCACCUUGGGGCAUCUUGCCCCAAGUGCACUAUCAGGCACCUGAUUUCAAAGGGAUAGCUGUGGUGGACAGCCAGGUCCGGGAAGUCCAGCUGAGCGACUAUGAAGGGAAAUACCUGUUGCUGUUCUUUUACCCUCAGGACUUCUCCCUUGCUUGUCCCAGUGAGCUUCUUGAAUACAGCGAGCGCGCAGCUGAGUUCCGGAGCCUGAACGCAGAAAUCUUGGCAAUAUCCACUGACUCCUACUUUACACACCUUUCCUGGACUAACACGCCUAGAAAGCUUGGAGGGCUUGGAAAGGCCAAUGUUGCCUUGAUGUCGGACUUCACUAAGAAGAUCUCAAAGGACUACAAUGUACUGAUUGAAGCAACUGGAAUGGCAUUGAGGGCAUCAUUCAUUAUUGACACCAAGGCUAUGAUUCGCCAGAUCACAAUCAAUGAUUUCAACCUAUAUAGAUCUGUGGAUGAGACACUCCGGUUAUUGAAGGCACUGCAGUAUAUUGAAAAGCAUGGGACAGCAAUCCGUAGUACGUGGGAUGCGGAACCUGCUGGCGGACGUGGGGUUGAGCGCGCUAAUGGGCGCAACAAAGUGGACAAGUGAUGCUUGUAACCUGAAUGCACAGCCUGGAACAUUGAUUUGCUUUGUGGCCAUUAUCAUUGUUGUCGCUAAUGUAAUAAGACAUUUGAUUUUUUCUUUCCUCAUCUGUAUAAUAUUUCAUGAACACACUGUAAAUAUAUUGCAACACUUCAGACUGUCGCCGUGGUGUCACUUUUACCACAAGGGAAUGUUUUUCGGCAUGGGCAAGCGUACCAACUGUUUUGCUUCAUAUACAAGCGUUGUUAAGAGGGUUAAAAUCCUGUGGAUAGAAGGGCUAGGUGUUUUACACCUUUUCUACUCUUGUUUUCUUUAUGUCUUCUUUUUUGUUACUUUGCAAGUUAUUUUUAGAAAUAAAGGUCUAGUGCAUGCAUACUAUUUAAGUUUUUUUACUUUUUUGUUGGCUAAAAUUGUAAUGUUUUUGUUUGCAUCCGAUUGUGCCUCUUGCAAGUGUUGGUGUUGCAAAGAAAUGAAUUGCUUCUUCUUUUUUUUUUUUCCAUCAUAACAUUGCACAUGCACCUAUAUGGGCACCUUUUGCUUUGCAAAAUAAAUGCAGGUGCUCCUGGAC